CCUGAUAUCACUCGCGCCGCCCGCCAUUUUGUCUCUAGUGUCUAGUUUGGAGGCGGCGGGUGCGCACUGGAGCGGUGGUUUUGGGUCCUUAGUCGUUGCGUCGGCAUCGUGUCCCCCGGAUUCAGACGGUGCCCCAUAGAUGGCCAGCUUUCCCCCGAGGGUCAACGAGAAAGAGAUCGUGAGAUCACGUACUAUAGGUGAACUUUUAGCUCCAGCAGCUCCUUUUGACAAGAAAUGUGGCCGUGAAAAUUGGACUGUUGCUUUUGCUCCAGAUGGUUCAUACUUUGCUUGGUCCCAAGGACAUCGUACAGUGAAACUUGUUCCAUGGUCCCAGUGCCGAAAGAAUUUUCUUUUACAUGGCACCAAGAAUAUUGCCAAUUCAAGUGGUUUGAAAUUGUCAAGACAAAAUAGUGAUGGUAGUCAGAAAAAUAAGCCUCGUGAACAUACUAUAGACUGUGGAGAUAUAGUCUGGAGUCUUGCUUUUGGUUCAUCAGUUCCAGAAAAGCACAGUCGUUGUGUAAAUAUAGAAUGGCAUCGAUUCAGAUUUGGACAAGAUCAACUACUCCUUGCCACAGGGUUAAGCAACGGGCGUAUCAAAAUAUGGGAUGCAUAUACAGGAAAACUCCUCCUUAAUUUGGUAGACCAUACUGAAGUGGUCAGAGACUUAACUUUUGCUCCAGAUGGGAGCUUGAUCCUUGUGUCAGCCUCAAGAGACAAAACUCUGAGAGUUUGGGACCUGAAAGAUGAUGGAAACAUGAUGAAAGUAUUAAGGGGCCAUCAGAACUGGGUGUACAGCUGUGCGUUCUCUCCUGAUUCUUCAAUGCUGUGUUCAGUGGGAGCCAGUAAAGCAGUUUUCCUCUGGAAUAUGGAUAGAUAUACCAUGAUAAGGAAACUAGAAGGACAUCAUCAUGAUGUUGUAGCUUGUGACUUUUCUCCUGAUGGAGCAUUGCUGGCUACUGCAUCUUAUGAUACUCGAGUAUAUAUCUGGGAUCCAUAUACUGGAGACAUUCUGAUGGAGUAUGGGCAUAUGUUUCCUCCACCUACUCCAAUAUUUGCUGGAGGAGCAAAUGACAGAUGGGUGCGGUCUGUAUCUUUUAGUCAUGAUGGACUGCAUAUUGCAAGCCUUGCUGAUGAUAAAAUGGUGAGGUUCUGGAAAAUUGAUGAGGAUUAUCCAGUACAAGUUGCACCUUUGAGUAAUGGUCUUUGCUGUGCCUUUUCUACUGAUGGCAGUGUUUUAGCUGCUGGGACACAUGAUGGCAGUGUCUAUUUUUGGGCCACUCCGAGGCAAGUUCCUAGCCUUCAACAUUUAUGUCGCAUGUCAAUCCGGAGAGUGAUGCCUACCCAAGAAGUUCAGGAGCUGCCAAUUCCUUCUAAAGUCUUGGAGUUUCUCUCUUACCGUAUUUAAAAGAACUCUGCUUUCCCUGGUAGUAAGGAUUGACAGAAUACACUUUACAGACCUCAAGCUUUGCUGAUUUCUAGUAUCUGUUUUUUCAAGGUUUAGAUUUAUUUAAUUUCAUACAUUCUUCACUGCAUUUUGAUCAGUUGAACUGUUGAAAUAUUUAUAAUCUACAGGAGAAAUGUUUCUGAACUAUCAAAUGUAAAUUUUUUCCUGAGAACUGUGAAAAUAUGUAUGUACAUAUGUAUAUAGACAUGAGCUGCUAUGUGUUUGUUGAAUGGACCCUUUUGCUUAUAUAGAUUUUUAGUAUUGCUUCAGUAGUCCUGCGCUAUAUAUAUCUAUAUAUAUAUGUAGAUAUAUAUAUGUGUGUGUGUGUGAAGAUAUAUAUAUAUAUAUAUAUAUAUAUCUUCAUUGUAAAGUGGAAGGGAUUUUUUUUUUUUUAAUUCUGAGACACUAAGUUAGAUGGUAAAUGCUGACUUUAAAAACUAAAUUGUAUCAUACAAAGUAUGUUGCAGGAUGGGAGGACUGUUGGCUUACAAGUUUAAAAAAAAGUUUUGUUUUGAGAAAGAAUUCUGUUUCCUUAAGAAUCAUAAAAAGUAGAACUUAAAUGUGAUAUUCCUAAUUAAAAAAUAGCCAGGACGUAACUAGAAAAACAGAUGUUUACCCUCAGAUAUUUCUGUGGGCCUUAAUUUUGGAAAGUAGCUUGCUACUUUAGUCCAAGUAGUAUAAAUGAUUAUAGAUUUUAGUCAAUUUUAGGGGGGAAAUCCAUCUAAUGUACAUUAUUGCUGAAUAUUUUGUUUAUACUAAGGGACAGUUACUUCAAAAACUUUUUUCACAUGUAACCUAUUUCUGCAGUGGAUUUAAUACUGGUGACUUGUCAAAGAGAAGCAAUACAGUUUAUCUGCUUUUGCCUUCUUUUUAUCUUCAUUGCAGAUAUUAAGAAUGUGCAUUAUGUAAAAUGCUUAUAUUUUUUUUAAUUAAAGAUCGUUUUUUUAAAAAAAAA